GAGAACGUGGUAAGUGGGCGGGCGCGGUGCGUUUGCGGGGCUGAAACCGGUAACUGAGCAGCACGUUGUGGAGACGCUCCCGAGCUGAUCGUUAAAAAAAAUCACGCGUUUCAAAAUCCAACACUUUUUAUUUUUUGAUCAUCGACUCAUCGACAUUUCCAGUUGACCAAAGAAAUGGUGAUGGAGAAGCCAAGUGCCCAGCUGGUCGGGCGAGAGUUUGUCCGACAGUAUUACACACUCCUGAACCAGGCCCCCGACUACCUGCACAGGUUUUAUGGAAAGAACUCCUCCUACGUGCACGGCGGCUUGGACGGCAACGGCAAACCAGCCGAGGCUGUUUAUGGACAAUCUGAGAUCCAUAAAAGGGUCAUGGCUCUGAGUUUCCGGGAUUGUCAUACAAAGAUCAGGCACGUGGACGCCCACGCCACCCUGAACGAAGGCGUGGUGGUGCAGGUGAUGGGCGAGCUGUCCAACAACAUGCAGCCCAUGAGGAAGUUCAUGCAGACCUUUGUGCUGGCGCCCGAGGGCACCGUUCCAAACAAAUUCUACGUCCACAAUGACGUGUUUCGUUACCAAGACGAGGUGUUUGGCGACUCUGAUUCUGAGCCCCCAGAAGAGUCUGAGGAUGAGGUGGAGGAGAUCGAGGAGAGGGUCCCGUCCCCUGACGUCGCUGCAGAGGAGUCGGCUCCCUUCUACGACCAGACAGCCUGUUCAGAGCCGGCGGCUCCUGGUGACGAGGAUGAAGUGGCGGCAGCGAGUCCAGAGCCGGAGCCAGAGGUGGAAAAGGAGGCAGAGGCUGCAGUUGUGGAGCUGAAGUCAGAGACGUUGCUGGAGACGCAGACAGACGCACCCAAGACUGAAGACCAGACAGACAGUAGCCCCGCUGCCGCCCCACCGACUACAGAACCAGCCUCUGUGCCCGCCGAACCCGCCCCAGCCGCCCCAGAAGAAAACAGGUCUUUCUCGUGGGCGUCCGUCACCAGUAAGAACCUCCCACUCAGUGGGGCCGUCCCAGUCACAGGAAUGCCCCCACAUGUUGUCAAAGCUACUCCAGCAGCACCGCCCCGUGCAGAGGUGAAGUCAGAGACCCAGACAGCAACACAGAGACCACAGAGAGACCAGAGACCGAGGGAACAGAGGCCUGGAGGUCCUCCACCGGUGCACAGAGGACCCAGACCAGUGCGAGAAGGUGAGCAGGGCGAGACGGAGGGUCGCAGGGUGGUCAGGUACCCGGACGCCCAUCAGCUGUUUGUGGGCAACGUCCCUCAUGAUGUGGACAAGAGCGAACUCAAGGAGUUCUUUGAACAAUACGGUACAGUCCUGGAGCUGAGGAUCAACAGUGGAGGAAAGUUGCCGAACUUUGGCUUCGUGGUGUUUGACGACUCUGAGCCCGUGCAGAAGAUCCUCAGCAACAGGCCCAUCAAGUUCAGAGGCGACGUCCGUCUGAACGUGGAGGAGAAGAAGACCCGGUCAGCCAGGGAGGGCGACAGGCGGGACGUGAGGCCCCGCGGUCCUGGAGGUCCCGGUGGCCCCAGAGAGCGGAUAGGAGGUGGAGGAGGCCCCCGAGGCCCCCCCACCCGAGGAGGCAUGGCACAGAAACCGAGCUUCGGCUCUGGACGGGGCGCUGGGCCCAGCGAUGGGCGCUACUCUGCCCAGCGUCAGUGAGACGCCCGGGCUCCAAACCUGAGUUAGAUUACUGUUUGGAUUCAUUAACUUGAGUGGUCACUGAUUAUUAUUAUUAUUUUUUUUUUUCCCCAGCAGGAAUGAAUUGGACAAAACCCAAAUUAAACAAAAACCCUUCGUUGCUUUGGAGCUAGGAGAAGAAAUUGGUAGUAUUUGUUCAUUUUAAGUCGGAGUUUGGGUCGAGUCACAUUCAUCGCCCUCAUUCGACUUGUUUCCCGCUCAAUCUUCCUCCUAAACGCGACAGUAAACGAUCGUUUCGAAGGGAUUUCUGUAGCUAACUGACACAGGUCUGGUUGAGAGCUUUCACUGUCGAGUCACGCUGCCUCCUGCUGACCUCAGCCGCCGGUCACACGGCUGCCUCCUCUUCCUCCUCCUCACCUGACUCUUCUUUCUCACCUGCUGCUUUUCGUUGCCCUUGCCCUCCGAGGAAUCCAGAACGUCACUCAUCCGCUCACCCAGUCUCUCCUACAUCACCACAUGUAUUAUCCGGACUUGUCAUGUUUUUUGUUUUUUUCAUGCUGAACUUGAAUUUAUUACGAAACAAAUCAAAAACAUGCAAAACACAUGAGAAAAAAAAGGGUAAAUACUACUUGAAUUGGGGAUUAAAAAACCCAGAUGUUUGGUUUUUUUUCGCGUUCUCUCUCCCUGUUUCUUAAAGGAACGUGUACUUUACUGCUUGGGCAAUCCUGUGUAUUGCUGCCACCGUUGUAUCUAGCGAUGGAUCUGUCUUAUCUUUUUAUUCUAUCAGGUCAAGAGCUGAACUGUCGUGGUUUUAUUUGAGUAAUAAUGUUGGCUUGUAAUACGUGGAUUCAUGGAUGCGUCUGAAUGGAGCAUGUAUCAAAUCAUGUAUCAAAUCCUGUUAAGCUUCUUCUACCGAUGCACUUCAUUUGUCAUCAUGUUUAAAAAUGAGCUCACCUGCCGAUGAGAGAACUAAAUUAAAAGUGAUUUACUGUUUUAAA